AUGUCUGAGAGCAAGGACGGAGGGGUGCACAUGCUCCCAGUGCCCGUGUGGAGCCAGCAGGAGGUGGACAUCCACGUCCCCAUCACCCUCCACCCCAGCAUCUUGACGUUCCCGUGGCAGCCCAAGACUGGCGCCUACCAGUACACCAUCCAGGCCCACGGGGGCAGCGGGAACUUUAGCUGGUCUUCCUCCAUCCACCUGGUGGCCACCGUCACCGUCAAGGGCGUGAUGACCACAAGCAGUGACACGGGCCUCAGUGUGGUCUGGGCACAGGAUGUCCAGAACCCUCUGCAUUUCGGUGAGAUGAAGGUGUAUGUGAUCGAGCCCAGCAGCAUGGACUUCGCCCCAUGCCGGGUGGAGGCUCGAGUGGGCCAGACCCUGGAGCUGCCCCUGAGGAUCAACGGCCUCAUGCCCAGUAGGGACAGCAAGGUGGUCACCCUCAGCGACUGCUCCCACUUCGACUUGGCGGUGGACGUGGAGAAGCGGGGCGUGUUCCAGCCCCUCCCGGGGCGGCUGCCCCAGGGGCCUGAGCACUGUGGUGGCGUCCGGGUGAAGGCCGAGGCUCGGGGCUCCACCACACUCCUGGUGAGCUACACGCAUGGCCACGUCCACCUGAGCGCCAGCCUCACCAUCACCGCCUACCUGCCCCUCAGGGCCGUGGACCCAUCCUCCGUAGCUGUGGUCACCCUGGGCUCCUCAAAGGACAUGCUGUUUGAAGGAGGCCCCCGGCCCUGGGUCCUGGAGCCUGCCAAGUUCUUCCGGAACCUCACCUCUGAGGACGGGGACAGCAUCAGCUUGGCCCUCCUUGGCCCGCCCGCCUCCCGGAGUCACCAGCAGCACAGCAUCUGCUCCACCUGCCAGGCCCUGGGCGAGCAGGUCAUCGCCCUGUCCGUGGGGAACCAGCCCAGCCUCACCAACCCUUUCCCCGCCGUGGAGCCUGCCGUGGUGAAGGUCGUCUGCGCCCUGCCAUCCAGGAUCAGCCUCACGCCUGUCCACGCCGGUCCCCCGCUGGACCCGUCGUGUCCACGGCUGCAGCACGACAAGCAGGUGGUUCCCAUCUCCAGCCACCGCAACCCCCUGCUGGACCUCGCCGCCUAUGACCAGCAGGGCCGCCAAUUCGACAACUUCAGCUCCCUGGGCGUCCAGUGGGAAUCCACCCGGCCCUCGCUGGCCAGCAUCGAGCUGGACCUGCCCAUGCAGCUGGUGUCCCGGGACGACGGGAGUGGCCAGAGGAAGUUUCAUGGAUUGCAAGCCAUUGCUGUCCAUGAGGCAUCAGGGACCACCUCCAUCUCUGCCACGGUGACCGGCUACCAGCUGUCCCACCUCAGUGCAGCCACAGUGAAGCCACUGCCUGGCCCACCUGCGCCCGUGUCCGCCUCGGUGGAGCUGGUCCUGGUGGAGGACGUGCGUGUGGAUCCGGACAUGGUGACCCUCUACAACCACCCUGAUGUCCAGGCAGAGUUGCACGUCAAGGAGGGCUCCAGCUACUUCUUCCUCAACACGAGCACUGCCAAUGUGGUCAGGGUGGCCUACCAGGAGGCCAGGGGCAUCGCCACGGUGCACCCUUUACUGCCAGGCUCGGCCACCGUCCUGAUCCAUGACCUGUGCCUGCCCUUCCUGGCCCCAGCCAAGGCCACCGUCUACGUCUCAGACAUCCACGAGCUGUAUGUCCGCGUGGUUGACAAGGUGGAGAUUGGAAAGAUGGUCAAGGCCCACGUCCGAGUGCUGGACUUUUACAAGAAGUCUUUCCUGGCCAAGUACUUUGCCUUCAUGGACCUCAAGCUGCGGGCGGCCUCCCAGAUCAUCACCCUGGUGGCCCUGGAUGAAGCCCUGGACAGCUACACGGCUGCGUUCCUGGUGCAUGGCACGGCCAUCGGCCAGACCAGCCUGACCACAAACAUGACCGAUACCGCCGGACAGAGGAUCAGCUCGACCCCGCAGCAGAUUGAAGUCUUCCCCCCGUUCAGGCUGAUUCCCAGGAGGGUGACGCUGAUCAUCGGGGCCACGAUGCAGGUCACCUCUGAGGGCGGUCCCCAGCCGCAGUCCCACAUCCUCUUCUCCAUCAGCAAUGCCAGCGUGGCCACCGUGGGCAGCACAGGGCUGGUCCGUGGCCUGGCCGUGGGCAGCGGCACCGUGUCGGGCGUCGUGCAAGCGGCGGACGCGGACACCGGCAAGGUCAUCGUGGGCUCCCAGGACCUGGUGGAGCUAGAGGUGGUGCAGCUGCGGGCGGUGAGGAUCCGCGCACCCAUCACGCGCAUGAGGACGGGCACCCAGAUGCCCGUCUAUGUCACUGGGGUCACCAACAACCAGAGCCCUUUCUCCUUUGCAAACGCCGUGCCAGGCCUGACCUUCCACUGGUCGGUCACCAAGCGCGACAUCUUGGAGCUCCGCGGACGGCACCACGAGGCGUCCGUCCAGCUGCCCUCGCAGUACAACUUCGCCAUGAGCCUGCUCGGCCGGGCGAAGGGCCGCACGGGGCUGAGGGUGGUGGUCAAGGCCCUGGACCCCUCAGCGGGACAGCUGCACGGCCUUGCCAAGGAGCUCUCAGACGAGAUCCAGGUCCAGGUUUUCGAGAAGCUGUGGCUGCUGAACCCCGAGAUAGAAGCAGAACAAAUAUUAAUGUCCCCCAACUAGUUUAUCAAGCUCCAGACAAACAGGGACGGUGCCGCGGCUCUUUGCUACCGUGUCCUGGAGGGGCCUGAGAAGGUUCCCGUCGUGCAUGCCGAUGAGAGGGGCUUCCUGGUGUCCGGCUCUGUGAUCGGGACGUCCACUGUCAAAGUGACCGCUCAGGAGCCUUUCGGGGCCAACCAGACCAUCAUCAUUGCCGUGAAGGUGUCCCCCAUCUCCUACCUGAGGAUGUUUUUAUAUAGAGUUAGUUGCUGAUGAGCCUUUAUAUAUUCUAAUUAUUUUAAAUAAUUUAUGUUUAGUUGUCGAUGGACACAAACCUUUAUCUUACUUGUUUAUUUACACGCGGUGCUGAGAAUCGAACCCAGGGCCUCACACGUGCUAGGCGAGCCUCUACUGCUGACCUCCACCCCAGCCCCCUAAGUAAAACUUUACUACUCCAUGACCCCGUCCAACCCUCCCAUUGCAUAGAUGGGGAAACUGAGGCCCAGGGUCAGGAAGGCAUGGCUGAGUGAACCCCCCGUCCUUGCUCCUCCGGACCCUGCAGGUCCACAGCUGUGCCUGCUGGAUGCACACGUCUCUGAGUGUUUUUCCCAAUGACUGGUUCUCAGGAGGAGGUUUUGACAUCAGAUAAAGCAAACAGUUUAUUAGUUAAUGAGAGAGGGAAAGGGGGGAACCAGGCUUCAGCUGUGGGCUGGGGACGGGCUCCCGCCCGCUAAGCUGUAUGCCGUGUGUGAUUAGCACGCGCAGCUUCCCUGAGGACUCAUUAGCAGCCUCAUCGGGAGGCCGCUGUCAUUGAGCGAAAGGAGCGUUUCAGUCUUCACUGAGAGCGAGGAAGGCGCUGCGGAGACUCGGGAAAACGGGGUCUGAAUUGAACCCAGGGGCCCUCGACCCCUGAGUCCCAUCCCCAGCCCUGUUUUGGAUUUUAUUUAGAGACAGGGUCUCCCUGAGUUGCUUAGGGCCUCGAUGUUGCUGAGGCUGGCCUCCAAUUUGCGAUCCUCCAGCCUCAGCCUCCAGAGCCGCUGGGAUGACAAGCCAUACCACUGUGGGCAGCCAGCAUGGAUCUUAGAAGCCCCCAGAGGCCCAUGUCCUAAGGGCUCGGUGGCCGUUCUGGGGCACUACUGGGAGUUGGUGCUAGUGAGAGGACUGUCCUUGGGGAUGUGCUUUCAAAGGGCAUAGUGGCCCUGGCGGGAGCAUGAGGUGUGACAGAAGGGGGCUCUGCCAUGGUGCUGUCCCGCAGGCUCAAACAGGAGGCCUGGGGACCCUGGACCAAGUCCAGGAACCUGUGAGCCCAAAUUAGCCUUCGUCCUUGCAGCUGGUUAACUUGGGUCUCCCUCCUGUGGCAGGAGGCUGGCUAGCAGAUGGAGUGGGCAUGGGGACCGGGGUGGCUCAGUGCACGCUGCCCUGGGCUGGAUCCCAGGACCAAGAAAAAGCAAAAAAAUCAGCGAUAGCAACACAGUGGUCAGCUCCUGUGUCGAGGACCCUGGGCAGUGUGGUCAGGAGCAAGUGCUAGGUGCUGGAUGCUCGUGAACUUGGGCGGGGCUGGGCGCGGGUCAGCGCUCACCUAGCCCAUGAUUCCUGGGCUCCAUCCACCAAGCCACACGAAGGUAAAUAAAUAAAUAAAAGAUGUGACCUUCGUCCAUUCCCCUCCUUCAGGGGCCCAGGGAAGCCACUCCUGGUCUCUGGGGGUUCAUGACACCAGAGUCACUUCCUAGCACCCAUCUGUCACUCACUGAACCAACAGAAGCCAGAUCAAUAAUUGAUCAGGAGUCCUAAGCGCGGAUGCCGAUAGGUCAGCUGGGUGUGCCCGUGGGAGAGGAACUGGGGUGGACGUUGGUGACCCAGAGCAUGUGGCCUCACCUGUUACCUGUCAUCUCAGCACCUGGGGAGGCUGAGGCAGGAGGAUCGCAAGUUGGAGGGCAGCCUCAGCAACUCAGUGAGGCCCUGAGCAAUUCAAUGAGACCCUGUCUCUGAAUAAAACCCCAAAUAGGGCUGGGACAGGGCUUAGUGGCCGAGUGCCCCAGGGUUCAGUCCCCAGUAUCCCCCCCCUCUUCCCUCCCAUUAAAAAUGGCCCAGGUGGGGACAGCAGACAUGGUGACAGUUUGGGCUGUGGGAUCAAUCUGCCUGCCCCGCCACCCAGGGCUGCCCGUUCUGCCUGUCCGUCCGAGGACCCGUGGAAGCCAGUCCUGCAGCCCAGCUGAGACCUGUGCUUAGGGACCAGUGCGAGUUCUCAGACAGUGACCUGAUGGCAGCGGCUGCCAGGCGGGGAGCACAGCCUGGAGGAGGACCGCUCGGCCCUGCUCCGGAUCUGCAGGGCAGCUUGCUUCUAGGAAGGCCAGCUGGGGUCACCUGGCCUGGCUGCGCCACCGGCUCAGAAGCCAAGAGUUCCGGGGCUAUUUAUAUCCACCCGGCCAAUCUUUUGAUGACAUCGUGCAAAGCCUUGUGAAGCUGCGUUUGUACACUGGCCUCACAGGCAGUCAGGAGCAGGGACGAGGACAUGGAUCUUGACGGCUGGACACCAGCUUGGCCACCAGAGAGCCUUAGAGGGACGGCCACCUCCUCCAGCUGUGUGGCCAGCCCUGGGCUCACACUGUCCUCCGUGUUUCUCUGUCUUAGGGCAGCGGGGAGGCUGGCUGGGGCUGGGUGUUAGUUGAGCACCUACUGUGUGCAGGUACUUUUUUCCCCCCAAAGGACUGUUGCUUAAUUUUUAAGAAUUGUGAUAAAUCUGUGUGAUUUUU